ACCUUUCGUUGUUAAAUAUUCCACACAUCAUUAAAUUUUUUAUUAUAACUUAUUUUUUUUUUUAAAUUAAACAGUUAAAAUUUAUUUUAAAAGCGUUAGUUUUUAAAAUGUUAAUAUGUUUGUAAAUUAUAUAUAAUCAUUAAUUAAAAAUAUCAAAGAACAUUAAAAAGAGCACCUCCCUUAGUUGGUAAAAUGGCGUCCAACAUACCUUGGAUGACCCGUUUGGUUCGUAUGAACUGCUUUGCUAAACAAAGAAUCUACCCUAUUGCUAUUUCAAUCUUUCAAGACGGAAACUUGGUAAUGAUCUCUGAAUAAUUUAAUGGCUAAUUUGGAGAGGAAGUACCCUGUUGUCAUUUGCGUGUCUUGUCCCUAUUACUAUUAGUAUUUCCGAUAGGGUCAAAACCCAGGCCCAGGUUAGCGAUAAAUAAGUUUAGGGUUCAGGUUAGGUUUAGGGGUACAUUUAGGAUAUAAAUUUGCGGGUCGCCGCAACAAAGAUGGCGGCCGCGGUACUUACCCUCCAAAUUUACCAAUUUAACCUAUAUUUAGCCUGGGCUAAUCCUAGUUACAAUUGCCACGACUUAUUUUCCAAGGAGUGACUUCCCUUUAUUUAUUUUAAGUAAAUUAUCCUUUAUUUAUUUUAAGUAAAUUAUUUUAGGGAUCGAUUUAGGGUUCAGGUUUGGUUAGGCAUAGGGAUCAAUUUACGGUUCAGGUUAGGCAUAGGGAUUGAUUUAGGGUUUCAGGUGCAGCAUAGGGAUCGAUUUAGGGUUCAGGUUAGGCAUAGUAUAGGGAUAGAUGACUUCACGUGACGUGUUAACCAAGAUGGCAGCCAUUGAGAAAAUAGUGGCAAUCGUAGUCAAAAUUUACCUUAGCCUGUUUUAUUUUUAAAUCUUCUAAGCAAUUGAAGUCUUCAUCCUGGGACAGUGGGCUGGACAACCCAUCGCCGACGGUAAAAUUCGUUUUAGCGAUUUUAAACAUUUUUUCAAUGUUGAAAUCUCAAUAGUGAAUUUACAUAGGGCGGGUAAUCUUGCAGUUCAGGUGCAUAUAUUAUUUCGGAUCGAAUUUCGUAUUAACGCAGGUAAACUUGCGUGUAUUCUCAUUAAAUUAAAUCCAAGCAGUGAUAGUUAACUAAUACUUAAUUAAUCAGGGCUUAUUUUCGUUUUAUUCUAAAGCAUCUUUGAACAUCCCCCAACCUUCCAUAGCCCCAUUUGUUGUUUAUUUUUCACUCUUAUUGCCAGAUUUUUGAUCACCUAAAAGUUGGUAUGCUAAAAGAAAUUUUCAAAUUGUUGGCAUGUUCACAAAAGACGAAAAAGAAUGAAAUUAGUGGGGGGCGGGAAUGUUUGAACUUAAUUAGAUAUUUCGUUAUUUUAUAGGGGCCCAAAAUUCUUUUUUUUUAUAUACGGGGUGUAUAAAUAUAGUUCCAAAGUUUGGACCAAACAAAGGCUCCUGCAUGGGCAUGGGUGAAUGGAACUUAUGCUAUCGGGUAUGUACCAAUGGGGGCUGUAAAAAUCAAUGAGUAGAAAAUUUAGUAUUAGUGUUAACUAAUACUAUCUGGACUAAAUUUUAUAAAGAAUACACGUAAGUUUACUCGCGAUAAAACGAAAUGCGAUCAGAAAUGAUAUACACACCUGAACUGCAAGAUUACCUUUAGCUAAGUAUACACAUAAAUUUGAUAACUGUUAACUUAGGCGUAAUCAGUAAAUUUAGACAGUCCACACCAGCACGUUUCACUGUCGCUAUCUUUUGCUAUCUUGGUUGCCAUGACCCGUGAAAGGUCGUGGGGAAAUUCACACAAUCUGCGCCAUAACGUUUCUCUUGUCGUCAUCUUGGUUGCCAUUACCUGUCACAGGUAAGGGCAAUGAAGGUGGCAGCCGUGUAAGUGUAAAAAAAACAAAUGUCUGCUAAAAUGGGGAGGGUAAAGGGAGAGAAUGUGCUUGUUUAGCUAUUUACAGAGAGAAAUGAAAAUAGGAACAAAAUGUUAAAAUUUAAUGAUAUAAUUUCAGCCCAUACAUACAUUUCGUGGCAAGCGAAGCUACUUUAUUGUAUCUUGUCAAAAAAUUGUCAAAAUACACUGAAUACAGUACUACUCCCAUUUUCCAAAAUGUCGGAAAAUUUAUUUAAAUAUUAUAUAAUUAAACAACCGGUGAAAUUUUAAUUUAAAACAUUCCAUCAUAGUAUUAAAGAAAAGUUAACUCUAGUAACAACCCAAGAAUAAACAAAAGGGAGAGAAUCCUACACAGACACACGUUAUGUUAUGAAUUGUCUUAAUGAGCUGGGUAAUUUACUAAGUCAGCGUUGGUUUUGAAAAAAUCUUGUUCUAGUUUCAAGUGCUAUUUAUUUUCUUUUAUUGAUGCCCAUUAAUGGUAUUGUGGGUAAUCUACCACUUGAGCGUCUGGUUAUAAAAAAUAAUGUUGUUCCGGUUUGAAGUGCUAUUUUAACGGUUAUUUAUUUAUUUAUAAGAAUUGAAUAAGAUAAAGUUCUUUUAUUGAUCCAAAACAAUGUUAAAGUUUUUUAUGACACAGUACACAUUCAUUUCUGUGACGUAAAAUAACAGCAGGUGGCAGAUGGGUAAUUACCUAUAUUAUAGUGUAUAAUGCAAUCCAUGUAUAAUUCAAAUUCCUUUUUCUUUUGAAAAAAUAAAUAAAAUGCUAUGCCCAUUGUUACACAUUGACUUGUAUUGGGAGAAAUUAAUCUCAUAAUCUAUAUUUAUGGCUCGUUUCAAACAGUGCCUAAUAAAGGAUGAUACCAUAUAGAAAUACAAUAACACAAGUACAACACCCAAAACAGUACCAAUUACAAUUAAUAAGAUUUAAUUCAGUAAUAAUACAAUUAUAAACAAAAGAAAUAUAAUUACAAAUCAUCAACUUACAGAGUAUGGUAGAACUGGUACCGGUACACAAUUAGUACAAUGUGCCAAUGAAUGAAGAAUGCGAAUAAACACGUAUAAGCACACAAAGAAUAAUACACGUCUCGUAACAUUAAUAAAACCUAUCAAAAUCUCCAUCUAAAUCUCUCUCUCUUUGUGCCUGUCAAUCCUUUAUAUAUGUGGGUCUACCGACGCGCCUAGAAAACCCCUUUACUUUUCUAGAACAAAUCGAGAUCAUUCUACAAAAUACUAGGAGACAUGUUUAAUUGGUAAACACGGUUGUAAACAAGAUAAAACGAAUAGGCCAUGCCAACAACAAACGCUAACGUCUGCUAGGGAUCUAAUUUGGGUCAAGCAAAAUUCAAGCACGGGGAAUGUGUGCUACAUAACACCCAUGUAUAAUGCGACCUGUUAAACCGGUUCCACAACAAUACAAUAAGUAUUAACGAAAUAAAUAUUUAUGUGUACGAAAAAAGUCAAAAUCCUUUAAAUUGUGAUAAUAUUUGAAAUGAACUAUGGUCACUAAUACUAAUACCACUAUGCUAAUAUCCAGUCAAAGGGUUGCUACUUAUUUUACCGGUGUUACGCACAGAUAUGAUGCCUAAUGUCAGUAGAUCAACAUGGUUCAGUUGUAUAGACAGGCAUUAGUAGACCUUUAAAUCGUUUACUGGAAAUGAAAAAUUUUGUAUAUUUUAUGCUUGUAUAGUUUUAGUAUCAUUUUUUACCCAAAAUUUCUUGCAUUACACACCUGGUAGGUAUUAAAGAAGAAUUACUUAUAACAGUACAAAUUUUCUUCAAAAUGGGCAAUUAUGCUGAUUAUGCCUUUGUCUGAUUUUUACCACCUUAUUUUCAGACACUAAACCAUGUUGUUCAACAACAAAGGACUUAUGAUGUUAAAAAUGACUCUACAGACCAUGGAGAAAAUUUCUCAAUAUCCCCUCCAAAAAUUGAAAAUAAACCUACAACAAAGACCAUAACUAUUAGCCGUGCAAUGAAGGCCUAUAUGGAGAGGGCUAAAUCCCAUGGUAUGUAAAAUCAAAUAAUGAAUCAACUCUGAAACAUUAAUUUGGAUUAGGGGGCAUCCAUAAAUGACGUCAUUCGAAUUUUGACAAAUUUUGCCCCCCUCCACCAUCUUCACAAAAUGUUAGCCCCCCUUCCAAUAUAAUGUUACAAACCUCUGCAAAGAUCCCCCCUCCCCCAGAAAUGCAUCGGUCCACUACUGUCCUUUACAAACCCUUACAAAAUCACCUCCCAUGGAUAUCGAAUUGCUGCACCUGUGGGUGAAAGUGCGGAAGACCCAGAAUAUAAAUUUCAUUUGCUGCAUUUACUAGUUUUUUCUGCCUUUGAAAAUAAAAUUACUUUUUUUGCAUUUUGAAUAGUAGCAAUAAAUGUUUUUUCUGGUGAAUUUUGUUUGUGCAUUACUCAUAUUUGUAUUUUGUUUUUCUUGUACAUGGUAUUUAGAAAAUUAAUUAAACAAAUAAAGCGACAAUAAAUAAAUGAUUGAAUUACUUUCAUUUUUAAAAUGUUUCUACUGUUUAAAUUAUACAGUGGUGGGGAGGAUUGCGGACUAUGUUUAGAAGUUGAGAAGAGAUGCAACAGAAUCUCUGGCAUAGAACAUUACUAAAAAGUCCGCACUCGCCCCAAAAUUGUUCAUUUUAUCUCACUUCCCACCCGUGGUAGCUCCAAUUCUGACAUUAAUUCUCUCGACUGUCAAUGUCACUACACCCAUUUUCCCAUCCUCUAUGGCAGCCUGAAACUUGAUCAGAGUCCAUUUCUUGGACCUCACAUACCUGUACUGAUUCUCUCAGUGAUCAUAGUUAUUAUUAAUUAAAUUGUUUAAAAAACAUAAAAAAUUCAAUCUGUUGAUAUAUUUUAACACUGUGUAUAUUGAUUUUGUUCUUUUAAUUGAAAUCGUAGCAAAUGAUAAGACAUUGCUUUUCUUUGAAGAGGAACUUUGUACUUAGGAAAUAAUAGUUAUACCUCAACAAUUACAUACCUUACACUUAAACUUUUUGAUUUCUGAAAAAAAAUCCUUUUUUUUCUCAGAUAAUAUGAUGAAAGCAGAGGUGGCUGAUUAUGAAAUAGGAAAACGUCAUCUUGCUAAUAUAAUGGGAGAAGAUCCAGAUAAUUUCACACAGGCAGAUGUUGAUGUAAAUAAUCUAUUCUAUUUUAAAAUCCUUUAUCUUAACUUCGCCAGAAGUUUACCCAUUUACAUUAAUGCUUCUUUAAUGAAUGAUAAAUGACGUACAAUUACAAAAUGAAAAUAAAAAUUCAUAAAAAGGAUUUAUACAAAAAACUUUGUUUAGAGGUUGUUUAAUUAAACAGCUGUUUUAAAAAAUUGUCUUAAAAUAUGAUAUAUACAGGAAAUUACUUAACAGAAUGAAUUUAUUUAAAUGUGUUAACGUGUCUAUAAAGAAGUAUUUUCUUAUUCAGAGAGCCAUUGAGUAUUUACUACCUUCUGGUUUAUUUGACAAGAAAGCUCGACCCCUUUUAAAAGUAAGUUUUAUUUUUGUAAUUACUCAUUUGCUGGGUGACAAUUAUUUAUAAAUUUUGUUAUAAGUACCAGUAAACUGAUAUUUUUUAAAAGAUUGAUAAAGAAAUAAUUGCUUGACUUGGAAAUUUUUGCUCUGGGGACUAAUAAAAUUCUUUCAACUUAAUAAAAGACAUUAUUGGCUGAAAUGUUAGGUUACCCGUGCCACUUUAAUGGAAUCAGUUCUUGUCUAUAAGAUAAUCAAAUAAUUCCAUAUAACUCUAAAAGGAAAAAUCAAAUGUUUGGUAAUUAUUAAAGUCCUUUUAUGUAAACUAAUAUUCCCUUUUUAACAAAUCUCAUCCCGAAAAAUAAUCUAAUUUUUCAAUGCAUAUUUUAUUAAGUAAAAUUUAAAAUACAAUUGUUUUAAUUGCUUGGUAAAUGUAAGUCUUAUUUUCUUCAUCUCUAGAAUCCUUAUGAAAUUUUUCCUAAGAGAAAAGGUAAAUAUUGCAUGACAAAUUAUUUAAUCUAUUUUACUAUUAGGAUAAAUUAUUAUUGAACUAGUUAACUUAAAUAGCAUUGUAUCAAAGGAAACUUUAUAAAGGGGGCUUUUCAAAUGUCUUCACAGUACAGUCUCGACCUCGGUUAACUCUCCAACCCUGUUAUGUCAACGUAUUUGAAGUGGAACUGCAAAAUUCUCUCUUUGUCUUAGCAUUUUCUCCUCGAUUAUGUCGAUUCUUUUAUGUUGCCGAAACCUGAUAUCUUGAGCACAAAAGGCUGUCAAAUUUGCCACUUAACCUCAGUUAUGUCGAUCCCCAUGACCAAUCGCCGGUUUUAAACUCCGCAAGAGGAAAUAGCAAACAACAAAUAAACAAGUUUUUCAUAAUUAAGAAUAAUUAUUUAUUUUUCAAAAUACAGGAGUGAAAGAAUCCUUAAAUCUAUUUUGUAAUGAUCAUCCUCCUUGUGUGCACAAAACUGACUAUACUAUAAUAAAUUCAUUGUCACUCCCUUACUUAGACUUAGGAAACUAGAUCUCCAUCUGACCCCGUAAAUUACUGGCAUAGAUCGGUCACAGGUUUAAGGUCUGUUUUCUUUCAUCCGAAAAAUUUAUUGGCACACACUGCUGUGUGAAGUAAGUAAUAUUACAUUUAUUACAGACCUAUUUUUUAAAAUAUAACUUACAUUUUAUAACAUUCGUUAAUAGAAAGAAGGUCUAAGUAUGGGCCUAAGCAAGCUAUACUAAAACUAAGACUAAAAUGAGUACUUCACAAAUAAAGUAUUUAUUAUAAUAUUAAUAUUCUAAUCGUGCACAGGAUAUAUACUCUAAUCAGUCAUAUUAAAUCUAAUAUAAAGUAACUUAGUCCUAAUCUAGGCUUAAAACAUUUUAGGCUCAGGCCUUAUAGCCUAUUAAUUAUUAUUGACUUAAAUUAUCAAAUUAGGCAUAGCCUAUAAUUUAGGCUUUAUUUAGUGUAUUAGACUCAUUAUCAUUUAUUAACGCACAUCAUGUGCAUAAAGAUAUUUCAAGCAAAUUUUAAUAUAUUGCCGCCAUAAUGGUUUUCGUUUAUCUCGGUUAUCUCAACGCUGGGUUCUACUGUAUUCAUGAAAGCUUUUAAGAAAAAAUUCUCAGUUUUUGACAUCAAUCUGCUGACAGAUGAUAAUUUCUGUACACAAUAAAGCACCUUAUGUGUAUAAGGUAAGAACAUAUGAAUAUUAUUAUGCACUGACUUCUUAAGUGCAACCUUUCUCUGGGAGUAUUUAGUUAAUUAAAAAAAUAGGUUAUCCCAAACGCCCCUCGCCUCAAUCAAUUUGGAUUAAUGUACAAUUAAAAUUAAGAUAUGUAAGUUCUGUUAAUUGUUUUGCUAAAGUACAUUAAGAAUACCAGCUCAGUAAAUUGUAAAACAUAAAUAGAACAAUCUUUGUUUUUUCCACAGUUGCCCAGUUCAGUUUAGAUGGACGACCAUUACACUGGCUGUACUUCACAGCUCUGCCAAAUUUCUACAGUAUUCUCCAUGUAAAUAUUGUAAUCUAGAUUUAAUCAAAGGUUUUGAAGUGAAUGAGGUGUUAUUGCUGUUUUUUUUAUUGUUUAUUGUAAAUUUUGUUUGCCAAGAUUUGAAUAGAUAAUGUGUUUAAUAUCCCAUGACCGACAAAGUAAGUUUAUUAAAUAAAUGCCUUCCUAAAGCAAGCUUUUUAUAAUAUCUAAUUUCUUUUAGGAUAUCACUUGUAAGAUGGAAGAUUUAAAAGCCUUAGAGGACAAACUUCUUUCUGAGAACAAAACUGAAGAUCUUAAUGUGCCCCCAUUGUAAGUUGGAUGUAAAAUUCAUCUAGCUCUUUUUGUUUUAUUGUAUAAACAUAAUAUGUGCAUAAUGUAUUUUUUUAUAUCUCAAGAUGAAUCUACAAAGUCCAGUACAAUAAUCAAUUUUAGUUACCCAUCUAUUCAUGUGGACUGUAAAAAUUCCAGUGGCAAAUGUCUCUAUAUUUUUUGGCACCACAUAAUUGUGAAAGAAUAAAAUCUCUUAGCAAUUUAUAAAACAGAACCAAAUGAAGUGUUUCCAGUGAUUAUCUUAAUUUUUAUUCUUUACAGAAAUCUUGCCAGCAGUGAGUGGUUAACAUAUCAACAGUUAAAAGACAAAUUUGUAGAAAAGGUUCAAGAAAAGGAUGUAAGUAUUGAAAUAAAAGCAAUUGACAUUAUUUGAACAUAAAAUCGCACAUCUUCUUAGAUUUUAUCAAUGUUGUUGUUUACAUUGGUUACAAGCAUUGUAGUCUAAUUGGUUAAUGGGAGAAAAAGUUUAUUUUUGUUUUUUGUGUGCAUUAAUUCAUUAAACCAUUUUCUUGCAAUUCUUUUUGCAGUACCAACACUUCCUAGUUAUGAUGGAAAGGCUGGUGUCUCAUCCUUUAUCUCACAGAGAGCUGCCUUUCAUCAUGGCGUUUAGAAACAUGUUAACAAAUGAAUCUUUAGAUACAAAUCCCCCUCAAGUGAGAUACCUGUGAAAUCUUAUUAUUUUCCUUAGUACCCCGGUAAUUUAGUAUAUUAUUAUUUUUUAAUUUUAAAGCAAGAGAAAGUCAUUUAAUAUGACAGACCUUUAAUUUUAACACAAACCUUUUUCUAUAAAGGUGAAAUUUUAUGUUUUCACUAUUUUCAGAUGUGAAAUAAUUUGCAAUAUUAUUUACAUAGUUAAAAUUGUAAUUAAGUAGUGAUUUUUUUACUUUUUUAUACAUUUCUAGAUCGAGUAUGAUGCAGAAGGAAGAAGUUUUUCUUGUGCUGAAGGUAAAGUUUCUUUUUUUACAUAUGCUGUAUAUACUCGUUAUAAAGCUCACUUUUUGUUUUUGGAAAUAUAUUAAGGGAACAAGUGGGGUGGUCAGCUUAAGAGCGGGUUAUUAGAGAUUUUUAUAAUUUUCUCCUGUCACACUGAAUAUUGAAAUAGUUAUGGCUGAGGUCCUAGUCUAACCUAUGCAUAAGAUUGAAAUAGCCUACCAGAAGCUUUUAAUAUUAGUAAAACAAAGAUACUUGAGGUCGAUGGCGCCUUUAUUCACAGACACAAUUUAAAUAGAUAAAAAAGUCUAUUGUAAUGUAUGCAAUAUUGGCCUUCAUUUGUCCUCCUAUAUUCUUUGAUACAGUAUGGCUUACACUACCAUAUUAUUUUUAACUUAAAUCUAUAGAAUGCAUAUCCAGGGGCUGGGAGAUUAUUCAUGAUAUUUGUAUUUUAUUGUUGCAAUGUUUAAGCGGCACUGCUCAGUAUCCUAUUGAUACAAUAAGUUAAACCUAUCUGAAUUUUCGUAAAAGCAUAACAAUGCAAACAACAGAAUUUUCGUAAAAGGCUUACAAGCAACUGAAUUUUCUUUAACGUAUUACAAUCAACAAAAUUUUCUUAAAUAAAUUACAAGUGAUUAUCGGGAUGUAAAGUAAAGGGACUCCUAUAAUAAUUUUUAUUUUUUUAUAUCUCAGGAACCAGAAAAGAUUCCUGGGCUUAUGUUAAAUUGUACAUGCCAGGGACUGGAAAAGUAACUAUCAAUGGAAAAGAUUUAUCCUACUUCACUAACUUCCUUUACAGGUGAGCCAGCUGUUAUAUUGUUUUGGUCAGUCAAUCACAGAGCAGAUAUUUAAUCCUAGUUAUGUUAAUAUAAUAUUGAUUUCAAAAAACAUUUUUACAACUAUUUGGAUGCUAAUGACUAUGUUUACUGAAUGAGCUGUAUCUUUCCCAGAGAGAGUCUUUUAUUCCCACUAAGUCUGGCAGGUGUAAUUGGUCAAGUUGACAUUGAAGCAGAGGCCAUGUAUGGUGGACCUACGGGCCAUUGUGGUGCAAUCAGAUUGGCUGUUUCCAGAGCCUUGUGUGCAUUUGUUGAUAAGGAUGUUAAGGAAAAGUUACGGCUGAGUAAGUUCCCUGUCUUGAUUAUGUUAAGUUAUAUCGGGGAGGUACUUUUGUUGAUCUGAUGUACUGUUAGUUUUCCUCCUUUUUGAUUUCUUCAGCACUUUGUUCCCACUUCCGGCUAGCUAGGCCUGUCACAUUCUCAGUUAUCAUUCUCUUAGCUAGGCGCCAUCCAAAUUUAAUGAGUCCCAUCUACCGUAGUGCCAGUGUUGAUUGGUUUGUUGGGUUAUCUUUGGGGUUUGAACUCCAGCAUUCCAGUUUGUACGUCAUCUUAUGAUGUCUUUGGCAAAAAAUCUCACAAAAACACGGACUGGUUUGAUGAACAUUGGGACGAGAUGAAACCUGUCACUGAAGCCAAAAGGAAAGCUCUUACGGCUUACAAGGAAAAGCCUACACCCGACAGGUUGCAUGCCUUAAAAACAGCCAAGUCACUUGCCCAAAAGGUUGCACGUAAUUGCGCCAAUACCUACUGGCUUAACCUCUGUUCCAGCAUACAGUCAGCUGCAGAUAUGGGCGAUGCAAAAGCAAUGUACGAAAACAUCAAAAAGGCAACUGGCCCCUUGACGUCCAAAGUUGCUCCUCUAAAGUCCAAAAAUGGAGAAAUUAUCCAAGACCGGGCAGCACAGCUAAAACGGUGGGUUGAGCAUUAUCUGGAAUUGUAUUCAACAGUUACCACAGUCUCCAGCACCGCUCUAGAUGACAUACCAGAUAUGCCACUCAUGGAAGAACUCGAUGUCGUGCCCUCACAGGAAGAGCUGAGCAAAGCUAUUGAUAGCCUAGCUUGUGGAAAAGCGCCUGGGGAUGAUGGAAUACCACCAGAGGCUCUAAAGAGUGGUAAGAUAGCUUUACUCCAACCAUUGCACGAGAUUCUGUCCCUCUGCUGGGAACAGGGCUACAUCCCCCAAGACCUAAAGGAUGCAAAUAUAGUGACACUAUAUAAAAACAAAGGUGAUAGGAGUGAUUGCAAUAAUUAUCGCGGCAUUUCACUCCUUAGUAUUGUAGGAAAGGCCUUUGCCCGUGUCAUACUAACACGUUUACAGAGUCUAGCAUCCCGUGUCUAUCCAGAAUCUCAGUGCGGUUUCCGGUCUGGGCGGUCUACCAUAGACAUGGUGUUCUCCAUACGACAGCUCCAGGAAAAAUGCAGAGAGCAGCAGAUGCCACUGUACAUUGCCUUUGUGGACCUUACAAAAGCCUUUGAUUACGUCAGUCGCAACGGGCUAUUCAAAAUACUGGCAAAAAUCGGCUGUCCCCCUCACCUACUUGCCAUCACCAGAGAGUUCCAUGAAAAUAUGCAGGGUACAGUGCAGUUCGAUGGAGCCAAGUCAGAAGCCUUUCCAGUCAGCAGUGAAGUUAAACAAGGUUGUGUACUCGCACCAACACUGUUCGCAAUAUUCUUCUCUGUAUUACUUCGAUACGCAUUCAGGGAUAGCAGUGAGGGAAUCUGGUUACACACCAGAGCUGAUGGAGGACUUUUCAACACUGCCCGCCUCCGAGCCAAGACCAAAACGACAGAUGUCCUAAUUCGCGAGCUACUAUUUGCGAAUGAUGCGGCACUAACAGCACACACAGAAAUUGGUUUGCAACAACUCGUGUCAAGCUUCUCCAAUGCCUGCAAAGAAUUUGGUCUGCAAAUCAGCUUGAAAAAGACAAACAUCAUGGCCCAAGACACUCGACCUCCACCUAACAUAAAAAUCGAUAAUGAAAACUUGGAGGUUGUGGACAGCUUCACCUACUUGGGGUCCAAGGUCUCCAAUACACUGUCCAUUGAAGAAGAAAUUAACAGCAGAAUCGGCAAGGCAGCUGCCACAAUGGUUAAACUAAAUAAAAGGGGCUGGGAGUGUAAGGCAAAAGACCGAUCUACGUGUCGCACAGUUGUCAAAGAGGGCGUCAUGGUAGCCGAGGAGCGAAGAAUGGAAGAGGCUGCAGACAGAAGAGCUAGGAGGAAGGCCAAAACAUUUGGAAGCACGGAACUCGUGUGUAAAAACUGUGGUAAAGACUGUCACUCAAGGAUAGGACUGCACAGCCACUCGAGAAAAUGCAACCCAACCCAACGGUGAUGCACCAUCGUCUCACGAGACGGAAGGAUGCCGAUAGAUAGUCUUAUGAUGUCUUGAAUUUGAUAAUAAAUAUAAAUCCCCACUAUUGCAGGAAAAUACAGUAUUUAUCGGCGUAUAACACGCACUUUUUCUCCCUAAAAAUAGGGGGCAAAUGAUGUGUGCGUGUUAUACGCCGAUAUAAUGUUAAGGACUCAUAGUACAUACCACAUAGCCAGUGCGUUUUAUACGCCUAAAUACGGUAAGUUAUGUUAGAGAACAUUUCUAUUUUGUUGGCAAUGAUGUGUCACAGGCACACCACAGGUAGUGGUGAUCAAUAAAUUCAAAGCACAGCAUUAAUAAUGAAGAAUUUUAUUUUAGACUAAAAUCGCUUCAGAGUUCUUAAUGUUUUUUUUUUUAAAGUUGCAAAAGAUAACUUAAAUUUCACAAGUUUACUCACUGUAUAGAGAAUUAUUUCCAAAACAUAUUUAGUGUCCCAGAAAUUUGACGAAGAGAGUUUUUCACCUUAGAAAAGCUUUCUUCCAUAAUAUAGGAAAUAGCAUCAUUUGAAAAUGCAAAGUCAUGCAGUCUUGAAGACCUAAUGUGGCUGUCUUGGUGGUUGAUUGGGGAGUAGAGUGAAGUAAUCGGGAUCCAUGCAUAUGUUAAGUUGAAAGAAGUCAAGGCCACGCUAGUUUUUUAGGUUUCCAAAAGAUUUUUAAAAAAUGCAAAUUAUAUUAUAUUUAAUGAAUUCUUUUUUUUCCAUCUUUUUAGAAACAAUACCUUAUUUCAUUAUAUAAAUUGGUAAAAUCCUUAAUUUAAUGAGGCUGCAUUAAAAAAAAUAAAUUAUUUUAUAGACAUGUCAUAUUUGUUUAUUAUUAAAUAUUUGUUUAUUGACAGCUGGCAUGUUGACUAGAGAUCCGAGAAAGAGAGAGAGAAAGAAGCCAGGACAAGAAGGAGCUAGAAAGAAAUUUACUUGGUCAGUAUUAGCAAUCCGUAUCAGUGUCCAUGUCAUUUUAUUACCAUUUUCAGUUGACUAAAUUAUGUUACUCCAAAUGAUCUUUAAAGAGUUUAAAGUUAAUGACUUUAAAUAAGUCUGCAGUUUAGUUGACUGCCGACUUCCAACUUUGGUGGUUGAUGAUUUUUUUUUGCACACUGUUUGUCUCAUCACUAAGAAAAGCUCUUUAUUAGGGUGACUGACUAGACCAUUACAUCCAUGGCUGGGAAUAACCCAAAAAUUCAAAAUCAUUUUCUAACAAGCAUGAAAAUUGAAAUCGGGCACGUACAUGUUGGGCUUAACAAAUGGUCAUUUUGUUUUCAAAAAGCCAGUCUCCUCCACCCGCAACAAUUUCAUCUUUUGUUCAUGUAUUUUAUUUAAGUCAGCCCUUUGUAGAUUGUGCUGAGUUUCAUUACUAUUGAAUAAAUGCCGAAAAUGUGUCUUGAUGAAACAGCCAUGCAAUAGUGCAUGGAAGUUAGUUUUAGUUAAUAUGUUGUCAUUGUGCUCUUUUUCAUAAUUCUUUAUUUAUUCAUUUAACAUUCUUUUUUUCAACAGGAAAAAGAGAUAAAACGAACUUUGGUCCAACAAUCAAAACUAAAUACAACUAAUACAACCGGAAUGAUAUGCAUAUUAUUUAAUGUAUUGCUGAGCAUUCAGAGAAAUAUAAUGUCAGCCACUAUCUUUGUAAAAGCAAUAAAGUAUAGUAAUUUCUGAUGA